CACUGCACUGCAUUGUUUGAUACCAACUCCUUUGUCUUUUUUUAUUUAUUUUUGGUUUAUAUUUAACUUCAUCAUACAUAGGCAUAGCAGAAAGAAAGCACUCUGCUGUUGUGUUUCAUUUUCUUCAAUAGAAAAGAUAAGAAAAGUAGAGUGAUGAAGAAAGCGGAGCUAAUCUUCAUUCCUCUGCCGCAGACCGGCCACCUUUUGUCGACGAUCGAGUUCGGUAAGCGUCUUAUCAAUCUGGACCGUCGGAUUUCCAUGAUUACAAUCCUCGGCAUGAAACUCCCUUACGCUCCUCACGCCGACGCUACUCUCGCGAAGCUCACAGCCUCCGAGCCUGGAUUCCGACACAUCAGCCUCCCGGAGAUCCAAGACACUUCCUCCGAGACUGAUAUUGAUUUCAUCGACCAAAACAUACCCUCCAUCAGAAAAACCAUCCGAGAUUUGGUCUCAUCAUCGUCCGGAGGUAAUGUCGCUGGUUUGAUUCUCGAUUUCUUCUGCACCGGUUUGAUCGACAUCGGCCGUGAGGUAAACCUUCCUUCGUACAUCUUCAUGACUGCAAAUUUCGGUUUCUUGGGGUUUCUACAGUAUCUCCCGGAACGACAUCGUUUGAAUCCAUCGGAGUUCGAUAAGAGCUCCCGCGAGGAAGGGUUACCGAUUCCGGCGUUCGUGAACCGUGUUCCUGCCAAGGUUCUACCGCCUUCGGUUUUCGACAAACUCGACUACGAGACUUUAGUCAACAUUGGCGAUCGAUUACAGGAAGCCAAUGGUAUUUUAGUCAAUUCGUUCCCAGAAGUCGAGCCUUUUGCUGGUGAAUAUUUUUCACGUGGACGAGAUUACCCUCGUGUGUAUCCUGUGGGGCCGGUUCUCACUUUAACGGGUCUUACUAAUACCGGUCCAGCUUCGGCCCAAUAUGAAGAGAUGAUGAAGUGGCUGGACGGGCAACCGGACUCGUCGGUUUUGUUCCUGUGUUUUGGGAGCAUGGGAGUGUUCAGUGCACUUCAGAUCCAACAGAUAGCUCACGCGCUCGAGCGCGUUGGGAUUAGGUUCAUCUGGGCGAUCCGUACGAACAUGGCGGGAGACGGCGAUCCUCACGAGCCGCUUCCGGAAGGAUUCGUUGACCGAACAAUGGGCCGUGGAAUUAUAUGUAUUUGGGCCCCCCAAGUGGAUAUCUUGGCCCAUAAGGCAACUGGUGGAUUCGUGUCUCACUGCGGGUGGAAUUCUAUACAAGAGAGUGUAUGGUACGGUGUACCAAUCGCCACGUGGCCCAUGUAUGCGGAGCAACAGCUGAACGCCUUCGAGAUGGUGAAAGAGUUGGGCUUAGCCGUUGAGAUAAGGCUUGAUUACGUAGCCGGCGGUGAUAAUGCCACGCUGGAGAUCGUGUCAGCCGAAGAAAUCGCCACAGCCGUUCGAUCUUUGAUGGAUGGUGACAGCCCAAUCAGGACAAAGGUUAAAGAGAUUUCAGCAUUGGCGAGGAAAGCUGUUGGUGAGGGUGGAUCUUCUACGGUGGCUACAGAAGAGUUUAUCAAAGAUAUUCUUGGGGAUAACUUUUGAUUUACCUCUUUUGGAGCCAAAAAUAAAUGUUGAAUCCCGCAACAAAAAAUGAAAUGUUUUUUUUUGCAGUAAUUUUCUAGAUCAUAUGUAUAGUCAAAAUAAAAAUAUUAAUUAAGAUCAUUUCUCACAACCAAAAAAACAUCCAAUUAAUUUGUCACACGGCUCUUGAACAAACAAAUCGUGUGACAUAAGGUUUUUUUUUUUUUUUAUGUACACCACUUAUUAAAUUAUUAAUAUAUUCACCCAUUCUCAUUUGAAAAACAAAAUAUCCAUACGAAAGAGAGAGAGAUGGUGAAGGAAACAGAGCUUAUCUUCAUUCCAGUUCCAUCCACUGGUCACCUUCUCGUCCAUAUUGAGUUUGCUAAGCGUCUCAUCAGUCUAGACCAUCGGAUCCACACCAUCACCAUCCUCCAAUUGAAUUCGCCCACUUCCCCUCAUGCCUCCAUUUUCGCCAGAACUCUCACCGCUUCACAGCCCCGAAUACGUAUCCACGACAUUCCCUCUCUCCACGAUCCUCCGCCAGUGGAUCUAUACCAAAGAGCUCCGGAAGCUUUCAUAGUACAACUCGUCAAGAAAACCACUCCUCUCAUAAAAGACGCAGUCUCCAGCAUCGUUGAGUCGCGUCGACGAGACUCGGAUUCGGUUCGGGUCGCUGGCUUGGUUAUCGAUUUCUUUUGCAAUUCAUGAAUCGACGACGUUGGCAACGAGCUUAGCCUCCCUUCCUACAUAUUUCUGACGUGUAACGCCAGAUAUCUGGGUAUGAUGAAGUAUAUUCCGGAUCGGCAUCGGGUAAACGCCGCAGAGCUCGAUUGGAACACGGCUGAUCAGGAACUCACGGUUCCCGGAUUCGUCAACUUUAUUCCGGCUAAAUUUAUGCCGCCGGGUUUGUUCAACAGAGAAGCUUACGAGGCUUACGUAGAACUAGCGCCGAGAUUCCGCGACGCGAAAGGAGAAUUAUCCUCCGGUGUACCCAGUCGGACCGAUUCUCAGCUUGAAGGAUCGAGCGAGUCCGAACGAGGAGUCGGCGGAUCGAGAUGGGAUCAUGGGAUGGCUCGAGGAUCAACCUGAAUCUUCCGUGCUGUUCCUCUGCUUUGGGAGCAAAGGAAGCGUUGAUCAGCCGCAGGUGAAGGAGAUUGCUCAAGCCCUUGAACUCGUCGGCUGCAGGUUUCUGUGGUCAAUCCGAACAAGUCCCGUUGAGACCAACCCUAACGAUGUGUUGCCGGAGGGGUUCAUGGGCCGAGUGGCUGGCAAGGGAUUGGUGUGUGGUUGGGCCCCACAGGUGGAAGUUCUGGCCCAUAAGGCGAUAGGAGGGUUCGUGUCUCACUGUGGCUGGAACUCCACGCUUGAGAGCUUGUGGUUCGGCGUUCCAAUCGCCACGUGGCCGAUGUACGCUGAGCAACAGCUGAACGCGUUCACGUUGGUGAAGGAGUUAGGCUUAGCCGUGGAUCUGCGGAUGGAUUACGUGUCCGGCCGUGGGGGUUUGGUAACUUGUGACGAGAUCGCCAGAGCCGUCCGAUCUUUGAUGGACGGUGGGGAAGGGAAGAGAGUGAAGGUGAGGCAGAUGGCUGAUGCAGCGAGGAAGGCUUUGAUGGAUGGAGGAUCGUCUUCUUUGGCGACGGCUCGAUUUAUUGGCGAGUUGCUGGAAGAUGGUUCGUGCUAAUGCCAAGAACUAAAGAAUUCGGGCCGAUCAACUCGUCAACGAAUCGUUUAACCGCAAGAAACGAAGAUCCUCCGUCCAUCAAAGCCAUCCUCGCCGCCUCCGCCAUCUCCUUCACUCUUUUCCUCGGCGUAUCCUCACCGUCCAUCAGUGAUCGUAUGGCUCCCGCGAUCUCCUCAGCUUUCACUAUCUCUCCGUUCGCCGAGACCUCCACGGCUAAACCUAACUCCUUCACCAUCGUGAACGCGUUUAGCUGUUGCUCAGCGUACAUUGGCCACGUGGCUAUCGGAACGCCGAACCACAAGCUCUCCAGUACCGAGUUCCAACCGCAGUGA